AUGGCCAAGAAGCGCACAGCGGUGAAAACGGAACCCCAGCCUGAGGCUCCUGCGGCGAAGUCGGCAAGAGCUGUCAACGAUGAUGAAGACGACCCGGACAGUUGGGCCAUGGUAGUCCAGGACGUGGAAUGGGGUGCCCUGGAUGCCGCCGGCAAACCAGUACCUUCGGCGGGGUGCUUCCAUUGCAUGAAUGCUGAUGCUUCUGUCAACCCCAAGCGUGGAUGGGAGUCUUCGUGCGAGCAGUUUCAAUCGGACCCGAAGUUCGCGGCUACGAUGCUGAAAGCAUCCAAAGUGCAUGCAGGAGAGGCGGAGCCCGAGCGAGCCCCGCCUACAGCGGUGGACACGUUGAAGAGCAACGGCUACACGGUCUACCAGGACCUAGCCAUCCUGACAGAAGCCGAGGUCAUGAAGCACUUCAAGCUGCCGCCUUCUGCUUUCAAGCAUGAAAAAUGCCAAUGCAUUCUGUCGAUGGAGGAUGGAAGUCAGAGUGAGACAGUGUUCCUGCUCAGUGGCCAAGGCAUGCCGACCUCAGUUUGGGAUGCUGUUCGCAAGCUCCGCAUUUGGAGAACCAUCCAAGUGCGGUUGUGCGAGCAUGUCAUGCAGCCGGACCAGCAGCUUGUGCAGGUGCAGGGCACAAACACUUACGAGCUGUUUCGUCAGUCGGAGCAGGCCAGCAGACCCGAGCCGAUGGUCAAGAGAGCAUCGGCGAGCACUUGGGACGCCCUCAUGGCAGAAUCUCAGAAGAUCAUCCAGGAGAGAGAGAGCAAGGACUCUGUAGGCGCCCCUGAUGGCGGAGAUGUGGACACGCCGCCGCCUCCUGCCCCGGUUCGGUCUGCGCCGAGCAUUGCCUUGGGAUCUGUUGCUGGUGCAGUUCCUGAGGAAAUGCCGAACAAGAGAAGGAGGAAGAAGCAGGCCCCAAACACAUCCGCGGCUAGUGUCAAGGGUGGCAAGGGUGGCGGCGGCGGCAGGGCGCCAUCCACGGGAAGGGUCAGCUCCGUGGCCAACGCAGGAUCUGAUCUCACGGAUGAGAAGCUUGAGGACCUGGACGACUGCUUGAAACGAUGUGCUUCCAGGCUGAACUACGUGCCGGACUGCUUUAGCAAGUUGACUGUGGCUGCUUGCUUCGGUGCCGAGCGUCUGGGCCGAUCCAUCGAUGCGGCCAAGAAGAUCUUGAGUUCGAUGUCGGCUUCGAAGGCGACCGUGCUGCUGGAGAACAGGGUGGCGGCCUGUGAGGCUGCACAGUUGUUGUCUCUCCCGGCUGAGUCUUUGAGGAAGAAGACAAAGCCACAGGAGCGAGAGAAGCAGGUGGCAGAGGCUGUUGCGCAUCUGGUUGUGGCAGAAGACGAGGGUUUGACGUGGCCAAUCCCGGUGCAGAUCAACCUGCUUGGCCUCCGCAUCGAGGCGAUGAUGCGGGAGCUUGCAUCCGGCUCUCAGCAAGACCCCACAGAGCUGUGUGAGAAGCUCUGCCGAGCCCUCUUGCCCCUGCAGUCGGCUGUGACCGAUGCUUCCUCGGGCUUCGAGCCUGACAGUCCGAUGGCCUUCCAUGUGCUCUGUGACAUUCGGGACAACAAAGACGAGGCCUUGCGGUUGGGCGAGGGGGAUGAAGUCGAGAUCAAGGAGGCCGCCGAGGCCGAGGAGCAUCAGCUCAUGGAGAGUUUGAUGGAUGGAUUCGGUUGUGACGACUUCAUCAGCAUGAUCCAGGACCCCAAGAAGCACAAGGUGGCCCUUGAGCAGCUUUGCAGGAGCUUCUUGACCUUGUGGCACUCCGAGGGCGUCAAGGACCUCAUCGAGGCAGAGAGUACAGCGAUCAAGGAAGGCUUGACCCGGAUCGCGGCUGUGACCAAAGCCUUCUUGGUGUUGCUGUGUCCAGAGUUUGGUGUGCUCGGUACCACUGUCGCUGACUUGGCAACCCUUGUGAACUACCGCGGCAACCACGAUUUCGAGCAGUCGAUGAAGCUUAUCUUGACGACCAGCAAGACCUUGUCCAGCAUGACGGAUGGUGUGCUGAAGACGGCUUCAUCGACUUUGAAGAUGGGCUCACGUCCCGGAGCGCAUGUGGCAGCAAUCACCGAGGCUGAGGCUGCUGGCCACUCGCUCCCCAAGGUCUUGAAAGCCGCCAUUGAGGACAUGCCAGAGCUCAAGGCUAAUUUGCGAGAGGGUGCCACGGACAUCCUCGAGGAAAGCGUGGUCAAGAUCUUGCUCACCAAGUCAUCGGGCAUCAUCAAGGCAAAAAGCCUGGAUGACCUCGGACCUUUGGAGGACUUCGUGGACGUUUGCUUGGAGGGCCUUACGUUCUUCCAGGGUGUCACGGGUUGCCUGGACCUGCUCGGCCGGCUCAAGCGGUGGGCCGAGAAGCACGCAGCGGAGCGAAAUCAAAAGAAGUUGGAGGGCUACUUGGCAAGCUUGGCUGCAGCUUCGGAGGCCGACCAGUUUCCAGAUGCACCGGGCCACCAGGUGGAGUUGGACACGCUACGGACAAUGCUGGCUUCGAUCCCCGAGAAUGCAGAGAGCACACAGGAUCUCCAGCGAGCGAUGCCAUUGAUUUUCAAGACGCUCCGCCUUCGGGUGACCAUGCAGAAGCUCGGCAUCAAGGACAUCGAGACUGUGGAGUUGGCGGUGAAGAAGGCUGGCACACAUGGCUUUUCCAACUUCAUGUGCUCCCAGCUUGAUGUUUGCAAGAAGUGGCACACUUUCGAUACGAAGAUGCGUGAGUUGCUUGACUUGGGAUCGGAUGCCACGUCCCGCUUGCAGGGCGACAGCACAGGCAUGAUCUUGGAGCACUGUUGGAAGGCAUUGCAAGCCUUUCAAAAAUCGAUGCAGCAGGCGCAGGAGGCUGAGGCAGCCUUGAGGUCGCUUGUGGACGAGCACGACAACAAGUCGACACCCGCGAUGCUGCUGCUGCACUCGUUGAUUGAGCAUUUCCGCGGCCUCACCUUUGCUGCUGUCGAUGACUGUGUCAGGCUGCGGGCAACCCAGCACAUCACAACGUUGAAUUCGGCGGUCGAGGCAUUCCGUGAAGCCAGCAUGGACCAUCACAAGCCUCCGGAGCACGAAAAGUCAUGGAAAGCCAAACUCACCGCCGACUCAACCAUUGAGCAGAUCAAGUUGGUUGCUGCUGCCACGUUGGGCACGCUCAAGGGUGGUGUGGUGAAGGCCAAAAUCGAUGAUCUCGGCAAGGCACAACCAGCGACCGGAGCUGCCAAAAAGUUCCUGGAGACCUUCAAACGCUUUGGCAAUGGCAGGGAGAUUGAGGCAUUGUGUGACGUCACUCGGAACGCCAAGAAGGAGCUUGACAUGGGUACCGUCAUGACCCUCGAAGCCUUGCUACAUCACGCACUUACGACGCGGACAGCGGGCACAGCACAGAACAUCGUGAGGUCCCAGUUGGCCGAAAUGACCACUCGUGCGAUCACGGAGGACAAGAUUUUGCCAGGGGCUGACUCUUCAAACCAGCUUCCUGUGCUCUGGUCCCUUUAG